AGUAGUGAAGCGCCACAGUGGUUUUUCUUUUUGAAAUCUCUACUUAGAAAAGGAGAGCUUACAGAGGAAGAGACACGUCCGUUUCUUCUGGUGCUUUACACCUCUCUUCUACUUCGAGCCGCAGCGCGUUGCUGCGUGAGCGACUCCGCCGUAGGACCGAAGGACGUACACGCACGCACACACAUCUGCAAAAAUACCUUAAUUGAAGACGCACACGAGCCUCCAUGUCGUCGACUCUUGGCAUGUUCGCCGCCAAGCAUAUCGCCUCUCCGAGUGGGUUUGUGCAGUGCAGCGUGCACAACGUGCGCCGUAAAGCGGACUGCUGCGAAAUGAAGCCUGUCAUGAACGCCGAUAUGGAGGUGAUCGACUAUGUCUGCGUGUGCAAGCCGGCCUUUGCGUGCAAGUCUGCCAGCGAGCGCAACAACAACUUCAAUAUUAAUGCUGCCAAAGGGGUAGCUGAUGAACAGCGAAGCGGCAGCGGCGCGCCAGUCGUGAUUGACGCGAGCAGCACGCACAUGACCGCUGGCCAACAGCACCGCGGACACACGGGAACGUCGAUCAGCGCUGGUGCCGGCGGCGGCAACGGUGGCGGCGGUGAUGGCGACAGUGCUGACGUCGCGACGCUCUUUGCUGUGUCAUUCUACGGCGGGAGCUCCACCGCACCGGCAACCACCGCUCCCACCACGACCGCGGCUGACACGGGGAGCGAAAAGCGACGUGAUGGCGAAGGCGAUCACGACAGCGACGUCGAUGCUCACAGCGACGUAGACAGCGAUGCCUCGGCGGACAGCAUGCAGCUCACCUUUCCUGCUCCCCCACACGCCGCCGACACCACCGCGGCUGGUGCGGUGAGCGGGGCUGGCGGUCCACAACCGGCCGCCCACCGCGCACGUCCACGUUACUACGAUCCGGCGCAGAACGCGGGCGGCGGUGGCGGCAACGGUGGCGGCCACUCUCACCUGCAGCCGAGAAAGGUCUGCUGGAACUGCGGGAUGCCGGGGCAUGAAAAACCCGCCUGCCCCAACACGCUCUGCCGCACCUGUCACCAAAAGCGCGGACCGUACGGUACCCCGCACCGCUGCGCGCCGGUCUUCGAGCCCUCACCUUUUAUUGUGCCGCCGACGCCGAGUGCGUGGAGGGCAGAGACGUCGCGGCCGUGCGUGCCCGGCGAGCCGGAAGGCAUGUCCGCCGUUCGCUGCGUCGCGUGCGGCAAGAAUGGGCACUUCGAUUGCUCUCUGGUGGUCAGCAACGCUGGCGCCACGUCGUCAUCGUCGUCGCUGCCGGCCGAUGCGGUGCCCCUCACUACGCCCUUCACCUGCUGCUUUUGCGGCGUGCGGGGCCACACGGUGUUUGAGUGCCGCCAGCGUGACCGCGUGCAUCCCGAUCACUUUGAGCGACGCCAUCAGCUGGUUGCGGAGAGCAAAGCGACCGGCGGCGGUGGUGGUGGAGGCGGCGGAGGCAGUUAUAGCGGUGACAGUAAUUGGGGACAGCAGCCGCAGCAGCAGCAGCAGCCAACGCGGUCAUACGGCGGCCCUUUUGGGUCUACGUCAUCUGGCAACACCCGCUACGACAGCUACAACAAUAGCAGCAGCAGCGGCGGCGGCGGUGGCGGUGGGCAUCGUCGUGACCGCACCUGGAGGGACGAUGAUGGCGGUCACCGCGGCGGCUAUCACCAUCACAAUGGCGACAGCAACAACGACGGAGACCGGCCGCGGCGCCGCUACGAGGGACCCCCUCUGCAGCGACGCGAGGAUACUCCCUACUCGACGACCUCCUCACGCCACUACACGCCUACCGGCAACAACAACGGCGGCAAUCGUUUCCGCAGUCCGCCGCCGCCGUCGUCGUCGUACCAGCAGCGAGAUCGCUCGUCAUUGUACAGCGGACAGAGCCGCGACCGUCGCGAGGGCGGUGACGAGCCAGAAGGCCGACGCUACAACGACCGCUAUGCUGCUCGUGGCAAUAACAGCAAUACUAGCGGUGCUGGUGACCAUCAUUAUGGCCGUCACGACUCACGCAGCGGCGGACACCGACCGUACGGUGGACUCCAUGAAGACCGACAAGACAGCCGCCGACGCGAAGAGCGCAGCGGUGGCCACGGCAGGCGUCGAGCAAAGAACCGUGACUACGACAGCAGCGAUGAUUUGUUUUAA